AUGGAAGUCCCCCUGCUGUGUGCUCUGGUCGUGUUUGCUGGUGUGAUUCCAGCCCAGGGCGGGAUCCUGAACCUGAACAAGAUGGUCCACCAAGUGACCGGGAAGAUACCCUUCUUCUCCUAUUGGCCCUACGGCUGUUACUGUGGACUCGGUGGCAGAGGCCAACCCAAAGAUGCCACGGACUGGUGCUGCCAUGCCCACGACUGCUGCUAUGGCCACCUGAGGCACCACGGAUGCCGUAAGCACACGGAUCAUUACAACUACGUCUUUUCCCACGGGGACAUCCAGUGUUCUGACAAGGGGAGCUGGUGCGAGCAGCAGCUGUGCGCCUGUGACAAGGAGGUGGCCUUCUGCCUGCAGCGCAACCUGGACAGCUACCAGAAGCACCUGCGCUACUACUGGUGGCCCCACUGCAAGGGCAAGAAGCCCAUGUGCUAGGAGGGGCCCGCCCCGACUGUCCCACGCCCUCUGCCCCUUGGCGUCUUGAGCUCUGGAAGUUCUGCAGGAUUGCUGAGACCCCAGCCCCAGUGUCUAACCCCCUGAACCAGCCUGGCUCCUUUAAAACACUCCCUGGAAGAGGGAGGGUCUUGCCCUCCCUCCCACCCCCAACCCCGCCUCUUGGACCUUCUAAAAUUUCCCAAUGGAGGCAGUAGCUGUCUCCUCUGAAGGUGG